AUGGCGGCGGCGGCGGAUCAAUGCUAUCGGACAAAGGGGGCGCGGCCGCCGGGGACCUUGGAAUUAGCGACGCAGCCAUUCAGGGGGCGAUCCUCAUGCAAAUACGGCGUGAGUCAUGACGUCGCACGGCCCCGCUGGGAUGAGCAGAACAGGUCCCAGCGAGCGCUGGCGUGGCCGCUGGGCCAGCGCGCGUUGCAAGAUGCACGAACCGCGACACCAGCACCUCAGAGGUUUGUCCAGCUGCGCUUUCACCUGAGCGGCGUGGUGACGACGCCCCGGUCAGCCAGCCCCACCUCCUCCUCGUACAGCCUCGAGCCCGACAAGAAGUACAAAGUCUCCGUCAGCUUCGACAGGUGCAAGAUCACGUCGGUGACAUGCAGCUGCGAUACCAAGGACAUCUUCUGGUGCCAGCACGUGGUCGCGCUCUCGCUGUACCGCAUCCGCAACGCGGAGAGCGUCCGACUCAGGGUCCCAAUCUCCGAAACACUUUUGCAGAUGGAUCGUCAGCAGUUGCAGAAAUUCAUUCAGUAUCUCAUAUCAGAACACCACACAGAAGUACUACCCACAGCUCAAAAAUUGGCUGAUGAGAUUUUGCAACAAAGAUCUGAAAUUAAUCAGAUUCCAGGUGCGCCCGACCCAACAGCUGGAGCGAGUGCAGAUGAUGACCACAGCUGGCACUUGGAUGAGGAGCAAGUUUGUGAGCAGGUGAAAUCCUACCUGUCACAAGGCAGCUACUACAAUGCUAAUAAGCAACUAAACUCACUAUUUGCAAAGGUGAGAGAGAUGCUGAGAGCUAGAGAUUCAAAUGGAGCAAGAAUGCUAACUCUCAUCACAGAACAGUUCCUUUCUGAUCCAAGACUGAUGCUUUGGAAGACCCAGGGGACACCUAUGACAGAUAAAUGCAGGCAGCUCUGGGAUCAGCUAGGUGCCCUUUGGGUCUGCAUUGUUCUGAAUCCACACUGCAGUCUCCAGGAAAAGCAACACUGGAAAGCACUGUUAGAAAAGUGGACACUAAUAGAUGUUUGUCCACAAGAAGACCCGGAUUUCAGACCUCAACAACCACCUCGUCAAGAUGCUAUGCAUGUGAGUGAUUCCUCAGAUAGUAGUUCUGAUGAUGAAGGGGGAGGUGAUGGAGGCUACCAGGGUAUAAAUAAUAAUGGUCGUCCUCGAACCUCAGGCCACAGAAGUCAUCAUUCAAGAGCCACUACCUCAGCUGUACCUAGAACAGUGUUCCACAGGGCAAUGGAUGCAGUUGGAAUGUCCUGGGACAACUUGCAUUUGAAACACAUUCUCUCAAGUGACACAUACUGUAGCCAUGUUCCUGAUAGUUCUCUGCUUUGUGGAAGUUUCAACUCACAAGGGCAACCAUUGUGGCAUGAACCACUGCCGACAUGUGCGGCUCGCGUGGAUGCUCUGCGUUCACACGGCCACCAGGGAGCUGCCUUGAGGCUGGCCGUGGCAGUCGUCCGCACGAUGAAGCAGCAGCAGCUAGCCGCACAGCGCCGUUGGCACGAGAGCCGCCACCGCAUGCCCGUGCUGGGAACGCCAUGCUCCUCCCGCUGCCCGGCAGCCAUUCCUGUUCCUCCUACAAUCCCUGUCCCUACACCAGGACCGGCUGCUGGAGUGUCUGGGACAGGUUGGGGGGAGGGAUGGGUCGGUCACCCUCUAGACCCAGUUGGAUGUCUGUUCGAUACGUUGGCUGAAGCCUCACUGGUCCCAGAUGAUCAGACUCCUCGUACACCAUCUUACUUUGACCCUGUUGGCGUUGAUGACACAAGUGCCAAUGUUCCUCCUCGGUACCACCAUGUUCCUGUUGUGGCUUCUCGUGAUCGUUCAGAAACUUACCUUACCCUUGCAGUGGAAGUAGCUCUCAUUGGACUGGGCCAGCAGCGUAUUAUGCCCACAGGACUUUAUGCUCAGGAGAAAUCCUGCAAACAAGAAGAUCGUCUGAUUGCAAAGCUGCAAGAAAUAGAACUGGACAACAGCCUGGUUGCAGUGCUACGGCGCCAGGCAAUUGUAUUACUUGAAGGAGGCCCUUCAAGUGGACUGGGUAUUGGCAUCCAUCCAGAAAGCAUUCCAAUGCAUACUUUUGCUAGGUUCCUGUUCCUCUCACUUCUCAACUAUUAUCCUGACUUAGCCUACGAGGUUGGUCUACGUGCUAUGAGGUUACCCAUUUUGGAGGAGCAUGAGGAUGCUGAUGACCCAGUCAAUGCAAAUGUGAAUUCGUUAGUCCUGAGUCGAUAUCCACGUUGGUUUACACUGGGCCAUAUUGAAACUCAACAAUGUGCAUUGGCCUCAACAAUGCUCAGUGCAGCAAAAGGUGAUGUUCUUAGACUCAGAACUGUACUCGAGUCGUCACAGCGCCAUAUACAUAGUUCCUCUCACUUAUUUAAGCUAGCACAAGAUGCCUUUCGCUUUGCUACUCCAGAAAAUGGGCCUAGGCAUCCAACACUACUGAGUGUAGCCUUUGAAUUAGGACUGCAGGUUAUGAGAAUGACAUUAUCCUCUUUAAAUUGGAGACGUCGUGAAAUGGUACGAUGGUUGGUAACAUGUGCUACAGAGGUGGGUGUAGAAGCUCUUGUCUCAAUAAUGCAGAACUGGUAUCAACUCUUCACACCUACAGAAGCAACAGGCCCUGUUGCUACCACUAUAAUGUCCCACAGCACUAUUAUGAGACUAAAUCUGUCCUAUGCUCAGCAAGAAGAGCUCUCAAGUUGUGCCAGAAAUCUAGCACUGCAGUGUGCUACAAAAGAUCCACCAAACUGUGCCUUGAAUGCAUUAACAUUAUGUGAAAAUGAAGCUCUGGCCUUUGAGACAGCAUAUCAAAUUGUUAUCGACGCCGCAUCUCAUAUCAUGACUUCAUCACAGCUCUUCACAAUUGCACGAUACAUGGAACACAGAGGCUAUCCCACCAGGGCUUAUAAACUAGCAAUGUUGGCAAUGAAAAAUGUCCAUCUUGCAUACAACCAGGACACGCAUCCAGCAAUAAAUGACAUCCACUGGGCCUGCGCACUGAGCCAUUCACUUGGAAAAUCGGAACUUACGAACAUGAUACCAUUACUGGUCAAGAACGUUCAGUGUGCUACAGUGCUGUCGGACAUACUGCGCCGCUGCUCAAUGACUGCUCCAGGAAUGUCCUGCCCACAUCCUGCUCCUGAUGGGACAAAGCACCACCACCACCAUCACCACCACAGAGGGGGGAAUAGAGGAAGCUGUGGCGGCGGUAUGAAACCGUUGUCUUAUGACAGGCCGCCCCUGCGUCAGCUGCUGGAAGCUGCAGUUGCAGCAUAUGUAGCCACCACACAUUCGAGGCUCACUCAUAUUUCGCCCCGGCACUAUGGUGACUUUAUAGACUUCUUGGGUAAAGCCAGAGACACAUUUAUACUAGCCCAUGAUGGGCAUGCUCAGUUCACGCAGCUUGUUGAAAAUAUGAAAGUGGCAUACAAAGGCAAAAAGAAACUUAUGUUUCUUGUAAAAGAAAGGUUUGGCUGAUCAUAAUCAAAGCAGAAGCUCAUGAGUAGAUUAUUUUUUGUGUUUGCAUAUGUUUAUUAUCUUGCCAGGUAGAAAUUUAUUAUUCAGAAAAAUGUGGAAAUAUUGGUAUUGCUUAUUUUGUUUUUACCAUAAAUUUUGAUUUCAUUGGAGAAAGAAAGUGUCUGCUUUGCAGCUGGGUUAUUAUUUACAUAAAAAUUGUGCUAAUGUCUGCAUUUGACACCAGUAGUAAAUCAUCAUCAUCAUUAUUUUAUUUUCCAUUUGUUCUCUAGAUUAUGCAAAAGUGUACUGUGGGAAAAGAGUGAAUUCAAAGGAAGAAUGAAAGCCGAGUCCUUAUACUUGCCUUAUAUUUGAGAUUUGCAUGUAAUGUCUUGCAUAACAGACAGUUUGCAUGACUGUAAUACAUAUUCUACUCAUUUCCUUCUAAGCAUUCUUAAAUGUGAGAAAAAAAUUAGAGGAAGAUUUUUUAUAACUGACUUUUACAUACUCUGCACAGUCCACAUGACAGAGAUAGCUAUACUGUCUGUAAAAAAAAAAAAAAUAUAUAUAUAUAUUAUAAUAUUUUGGAUUACCAUUUGAUGAAGUGAUUUUCUUUCACUUUUAACACACAUGGAAUGAGCUGAAAUUGAGUUCUUCUAUACUGAAUUUUUUAAUUUUGUGUUUAAAAAACCUAGUUUCCUCUGUUAUGGCAAUUUCUUGCAGAUUCUGGCAAAUGAUUAGAAAAGCCUUUGAAAGCAGAUCAUUAUGGUAGUAGAUAUACUCUUACAGUGACAGUGACUGAAAAAGACACAUAGUGAUUGAUUAAACAUAUUGUAAGGCAGAUGACCCACAUGAAGUGCUACAGUUCUUGUGGAUGCUCCAGUCAUCUCACUGACAUGGACUAAGACUGCUUCAUGUUAGGAUCAAGUACAACUGCUGAGCCAGAAGGAAAAGAAAAAAAGGGAGAUGAUGAUUAUCUUCAUUGUGACAGUUCCAAGGUUCGUAGUUCCAUGAUUUUGUUGUCACUGCUCUUUUAGUAUCUUUCAGUUUUGAAACAUUUUAAUUAUGAAGUGAUGGAACAUUUAAAUUUCUUUACUGCCAAAAUCCCUAAACUCAUUCUUCUGAAACUAUUGGUAUUCUGGAAGUCAGGAUUUAAAAAUGUGUUACACCUUUCUAUAACUUUGAUACUGUCACCACCCACUACAGAUCCUCAUGAUCAGACAAAAUGUUCUGAUCUUCUGGUCCACAUUACUAGUGACCAACUGACUUCCAAUACAACCAAUGUUUAGUUGAAGAAAUUUUUUGAGAGUUAAGAAAUAAAAUACAAGAUCAGUAUCUGUUUCUCUGCAACAAGUGGAAAAUAUUAAUUCCAAAUCCCUCUUAAUUAUGUGUCAGCCUGCUUGAAAGGCUACUCACAAUUGCAGUGAACUGUAAUCACAACAUUUACAGGUAAUUUUUUCACAUAUGUUUUUUAUGUAAAAUCUGAUGCUCAUUAUCUAACACUAACACUUUGCUGGGAUGACCUAAAACACUUUGAAUUAAAUAUGGGGCCACAUCACAGUAGAUAUUCUACAUGCUGUGUUAGAUUUUUUACUAGCACCUCCAUUAUCACACAAUGAGGACUCAUCAUGAAAUUCUUCUAAUUUAUGAUGUAGGUGUUCCUAGUGUCCAUUGGCAGGUCUAAUGGCAAGCUGCUACUUAAUUAAACUUACCUGACUGGUGGUUUUUUUACUCAAUUUGAACUUUUCCUGAUUUUUUGGGAACUGUAAACAUAUGCUGAUGAGACAUAUUUGGUCCUUUUAAUAAUGUACAAAAUGAUAGGAAAAGUGAUUCUGAUAUUAUUUUUCUGAAGAAUGAAAAAAAAAUAUUAUUCUGAAGGGUAUAGGAAAAUAAUUUGUUGUUGCCAGCAACUUUUACCGCACUGGUGUUUGAUUCCCUUUAGAGAGGCUGAGCCUAAAAGUGAAAAUUCUAACUAUGGCUUCUUAUCUGUCUUUGAAGCUAUUGACUAAAAAGUAAUACCAAAAGCACUAGAACAUUAACAAAUUGAUAAUAGCUAAAAAUAGUAUUUAAAGUACAUUAACUGUCCUUCACAAAACUAUAUCAGCUGGUAUAAAGCCGAAGCACUACCAAUAUUAACACACAUUUGCUGAAAAAUUGCUUGUAUUGUAUAACUGAUCACCAAAUAUCUAAACAAUAAAAAAACCACUAUGGCUCAGUUUAGCAAAUAUUAUGCUGUAACUGAAAAGCACCACUGGAUCUCAAGAGAUGGACUGUGUUAAUGUUAGGCAAUGCCAACAUAGGUGUGUGAAACAUGCUGAGUGCAAAUGGAUAUCAAGAUCGUCAAUAAAAUUUUUAUGUAUUAUUUGUAUAUAUGAUUAUGCAAACAUGUAAAAAUAUUAUUCUUAUGUUCUGUGUUUUUGUAUGUGAUAUUUAUGUUUACAACCAAAGAUCGUUAUUUGUAAGAUGACUAGUAUAAGAUUAAAAACUUUUUAAAAUUACAUUUCAUACCAAAAUGUCCUUGGAGCAUAAACUUGUUUUGCAAACCAGUUUUGGUCUUCAGGAAUUUUACUGUAUCAGGCUUCCUAUUCUAUAUAAUAGUAACUAUUUCCAUAUUUUCAAGUACAAAAUAAUAAUAUCAGACUAAAAGCAUUGACAAAAGCUUUAUAUAAUCAUCAUUGUCAAUUGCAGAAUUCCGUAAACUACCUCUGUCAGUGAUGUAGUCAUGUAGCUUUCUCUUCCCUUAGUUAUUUAUUGUACAAAUUGUUUUAAUUCUCUUUCUUUAUGUAAUUAUGUUAUUUGUUAUUAUGCAAUAGGUAUUCUGCAGAAAGUCAAGAUAAAUGUUAAAUUAAUCUGUGAACAAGAAAUUGCUUUGAAGUUCAGUAUGCUAUGAAAUAUGCUAAUAGAGGAGGUUUACUAAAUUUUUCCUCAAAAGUAAAAUGCAGGAGCUAUUCAAAUUGAUAAUAAGUACCGAUAAUGUGUAUAAUAAAAUCUGUCUCUGUCUUGAUGAAUUUCUCAUACACUUCACAUCUACAAAGCAAGUUUUGGCAGAUAUCAGUGAAGCAGUAAAACUCCUUUAAGUUUUUCAUACUAAUGGUAUCUGAACUUCUUGGCAAAAUAUGAUGCCAAGGAUAUGUGUGCCCAUCCAGAAAACAAUUUAUAACACAAAAUUUAAUAGUAUUUAUUCAUUAGAGAAUAAUUUCUACUAUAAUGACUUCAAACUGAUACUUCUGAAAACAAAUAUAGCAGUAGUAGACAAAUAAACUGCUUUGUAAAAGUAUUUUAUUAAUAUGUUAAUAGCUCAAGUGUUUCUCAUGAAGUUAAAGCAAACACAUUACACAUAAUAGCAAUUGUUUAUAUACUGUGGUGGCAAUAUCUGUACAAAAAUAGUCUGCUAUUGUGACAGCUGUCUGCUUAGGUAUCACUUGUGAACAAGUUUAUAUUAAAAUGAUUUUAAAAGUAUAUUUAUAUAUAAAUAUAAUUUAUUUACCAGUUUACUGUUUUUUGUUAAUUACAGAAUAUGAGAAUUUGUGUCAUGGUCAUAAAAUUGAAAGUCCAGUUACUCUGUUUUAAAACUGGUAAAUGUCUCUGCUGUAGAAUAAUUUACCAGUACAAAUGAGCAGACUCCAAAUACAAAAGUGCAGCUUGAAUACUUAAUUUUUAUAAUAAAUACCAUAAACAUAGUGUUAUGGUAUCUUAGGGCCAUAAACGAUGACCAAUACCCAAAGCUUGGUCCCUGUCUCAUAUGUUCACUUUUCAAAUACAACAACAAUAUGUACGCCAUUUUGAUUGGGAAUAAUUGAAGUUAAAACAGCUGAAAGACACAUUUCAAAUGAAAAUAAGUGUCAAAUAUUUCUCCGCAAUAAAACCAUCUACUGAAUGAGUCAGUCCAUCUGCUGAAUCCCAAUCACAGGGCAUCUCAGUAUGGAUUCGUACAUUAAUCAGCAGAAGUAAGCAUACAUAACCACUGCAUAUUAUUAAACACAAUUUUGCCUCUGUAAUAACAGUUUCAAAACAUGGAUUCUCUCUCACUACACCAGUAACAGUGAUCAGUGCUGGAUUUAGGACAUAAUUUUUGUGGUCAUGUUUUAAAUGAUCCAAUUCUUUAAUUAAUAUGUGCUAAAUAUCAAAUGCUGCAGCACACCAGUAUUAAAGAGACUUAGAAAUGAGAUGAGUUAUAAGGCAACUGGAUAGAAUUUCAUAAAAAUUUUUGUUUGAGAAAACUUUUUUGCAGUUGUAGCGACACAGCUAUGUGUAAAUUUAUAUGAAAUAACUAAAUGUGCUUGUUAAGUAUGAAUGGCAUUGUACAUAUGUACAUACAUAAAUUUUGUUUUGCAACUUUGUGUGUUUCAAGAUUACAUUAUCUUUUGCCACCAUCAUUUUAGUUACACAAAAGAUUUAUGUGUAAAUACAUAUAUUUUUACUACUAGGUAUUAAGUUUUUGACGUGGCAUCUUUUGUGUUGGCUGUUUAAUUGUUCCUGGAAAUAAUAUAAUACAAUUUAUGAGUCAUAUAAUUGUGUGUCUGUGUGUGUGUGUGUAUAUGUAUAUAAACAAAUAUCUAUAGAAGCAUUGUGUAAUUGACUUUUGGAAUAGCGUAAGUUGGAAUAAUUGUAAAGUCAAAUAAAUGUGCAGUGCUGCCUUUUCUUAUAAUCAUUCCAUUUUGUAUCUGGCAAUGGCCAACAUUGAUACUUUGUUUAGAUACUAUUAUUUUGCUUACUUUUGACUGUAUGUAGCUAUGUUUAUCAGUGUAAGCUUACUGUGGGUCAGAAGAUGGAGCAUAACAUCUUUCCACUCCCAAGGAUUUCAGCAGAUCAUUAAUGGAAAGUUGUCUGAAUCAUAGAAAUUCAUUGCAGUCUUCCUUACUGAACAGAAAACAGUGCCAAGGUGAUAAAAGUUGUUCAGUGUGGUUUCUCUUGUCUUAUGUUAUAAAGAGACAUGCAUAUUUUGAUUGCAUCACCCAAUCUCAUAUUUAUUUAUAAUUUUGUAUUACCAAGUUUGUAGAGAGUCAAAUGUUCUUGUAAUACUGUAGACAGUGCACAUGUAUGUGAGUGAUCUGUUGUGAUAAUAUAUUUAGUUAUUUAGUUGUUAAA